AUGGCUCACAGACACAAUCGUCGCCGCACGAGACGCCCGCGAACACAACAAGUCAGCCCCACACACAAGGCAUCGUCCAGUCAUCAUUCGCUUGAUCAGUUCAUCAUAUCGCAACCUGGCAUCAUCUCUACCGCUUGUGCGCCACCUAGCUCGAUCACCGUACCCAACCCUUUGACCGUGGACCCGACCAUCCGCCAUCGCUCAAGCAUCCCAGCGAAGCUAUGCCCCAACCGUUACACAGCAUGGCUGGAGCAAGACCGCAUUCGAAAAGAACAAGCUGCCAAAUUCGAGGCUCAGCAGAUCCAACUUUUUGGUGGCGAGCCAGGUGAUGAUGUGGGUCUAUGCUUUAGGAUGCUCGAAUACUUUGGCGGGUUGGAUUAUAUUUCUUGA